UGUCCAUUGACCUUGAGAAAGUCACGGAUAGAACUGAGCUUUUACUAGUGAAUGACGUCAUGAUGUUACGUAUAUUGCUACUCUUGGCGGCUGCGCUGACUGCGGUUGUCACUGACCAAAAUAUGUAUUGUGAUGUCCCGGAUGAGCAGCUGUAUGUAUACAGAGUUCCCAAGCAUAAYUGCAAUUGUAACAAGAACAGCGAAGGGACACUUCGCUAUUUCAAUAAAAAGCUUCAGAUUUGCAACGGAGAAGUUUUCGUUGAUGUUGGUGGAAGUUUUCCAGCCACACAAGCUCCAACGCCGCCCCCAACUCCUAAACCAACUACACUGAAGCCAACACCAAAGCCCACGCCAAAGCCCACGCCAAAACCCACGCCAAAACCAACGCCAAAACCCACGACAAAACCUCCACCAAUCGGCGAUAAGACCAAUCCAGGGACGACAUGUAAUGAAAUCAUUUCUAAACGAAGUGGUGCAGGAGAUGGCUACUACUACCUCAARAACGGUGCCACAGUCACCAAGACCUACUGUUACAUGUCGAGUCACAUAUGUGGAUCAAGAGGCUGGACGAUGAUCAUGAAAAUCAACGGACGCUCUGGUACGUUUARCUACGAUUCUCACCAGUGGAGGAGCAGAACCCCCUACAAUCCUAAUGGUGCGGCCUCUGGUCUUGGCCAGCAAGAGACGAAACUGGAAAGUUACUCGACCUACAAGUUUCAGCGUCUUUGCUUAGGCAUGAGAGUUGGUGGAUCACUUCGCUGGUUAACCUUAAAUUACAACGCRAGGGCGAGUUUAUAUGACAUAAUCGCUCCAGGGGGAUUCAGGAGCUUCCAUGUCGGCCGUAACGCCUGGAAGAACCUUGUCCCCCACUCUUCCCUUCAACGUAACUGCAACAGRGAGGGAUUCAAUAACAUGGGCGAGCGUUCACAUUCCAAGGCUCGCAUUGGGAUCAUUUCUAAUCAAGAAGGUGAUUGCAACAGUGCUGACUCUCGCAUUGGGUUCGGUACAGGCGGUGGAAACUGUGGUGAGAACCGUGGCAACAGUGCAGGAAACGAAGCUMRWUGUAGCCCCGACAAUGGCGACAGAAGUAUCUWUGCCUKKGGWUACAUAUUCGCCCAGUGAAGCAAAUCAACCUCGUCAUGAAAGAAAUAGUUUGAGAAUUUUGUAGUCUAUAUUAGUACUGAGUAAUAAAGAUUGUAAUGUUACUCCAAUAAAUGACUGGUGCAUAAUCAA